GCCAUACCAGUGGGGGGAAGACUCGGCUCCUUUCUAAGAUCUUGGGAGCAUGUAACAAACAGCCGGUGGAUCUUAAGUAUUAUACAAGAGGGUUAUCUGAUAGAUCUUCUCUCUUCCCCUCCCUCUUCUGCCCCAAGGGUUUUUACCAAAAUAAUGGCGGAAGCCUUGACAACCUUGAGAGAAAAGGCAAUUUGUGUGAUCCCCUAUCUGGACGACCUACUGGUAGUGGCGGACAACAUAGAGACCAUGGGAAUCCAUCUCGGGUUAGUCCUGGAUCAUCUACAGAGCCUAGGUUGGCUCAUCAAUUGGAAAAAAUCGGAUUUAAUCCCAUCCAAACGGAAAGUUUUUCUGGGCAUUACUCUAGACACAGUCUCCCAAAGAUCCUUUCUACCACCUCAAAAGAUAGUAAAACUUCAGACAGCUUUGAGGAAGUUCAAGAAGGAGAAAUUCUGUUCAAUAAGACAGGCCAUGAAGGUACUAGGGAGUCUGUCCGCUUGCAUUCCAGCAGUUGCCUGGGCACAGUUCCAUCUAAGACCACUCCAGAAAUUCAUCUUAGACAAAUGGAACAGAUCGCAAUUAACCCUAGAGAGGAAAAUAUUCUUAGAUGCAGAGACCAAAAAAUCACUAACUUGGUGGCUCAGCAAUUCGAACCUAGAAAACGGGAUUUUCUGGGCACAAGAUCUCCCUCUAGUCAUCACAACAGAUGCCAGCCUCCACGGGUGGGGAGCGGUCGUCCAGGGGAACUCCUACCAGCGAACAUGGGGGAAUUACGUGAGCCAGCAAUCCUCAAAUUUCAAGGAGCUGAGGGCAGUGUGGGAAGCACUGAAACACACAAGUCAGCUGGCAAAGGGUCGUCACGUCCUAGUCUACUCGGACAACGCUACAGCCGUGGCCUUUAUCCAACACCAGGGAGGCACAAGGCAUCGCCCGCUACAGAACCUGGCAAACAAAAUCUUUUCCUGGGCAGAAGGCAACAUUCAAUCUCUUUCAGCGGUUCAUUUGAAGGGAGUUUUAAACAUUCAGGCCGAUUACCUAAGCCGGCACAGACUAGACCCAGGGGAAUGGAUGUUAGCCCCAGAAGCCUUCCAUUUAAUCACGAAGAAAUGGGGCAGGCCGACGAUAGACCUGUUUGCAUCCAGGAGAAAUCAUCAGCUAAACCAGUUCUUCUCCCUCAACCCCAGGGAUCAUCCUCGGGCAGUAGACGCCCUCAACCAGAGUUGGACAACAAACUUAGUCUACGCCUUCCCCCCAUUUCCGCUUAUCCCCAGAGUGUUACAGAAGUUCCUAAAAGAAAAGUGUACACUAAUCCUGAUAACCCCCUUCUGGCCCAAGAGAAGUUGGUUCUCCCUCUUGAAAGCCCUCAGCGUGGAAGCUCCUCUCCUUCUACCUCAAAGGCCGGACCUUCUAAGUCAGGGACCUAUUUCUCACCCAGACCUGAAAAUACUAAAGUUAACAGCCUGGAUUCUGAAGAAUCCAACUUAUUAAACUUUGGUCUAUCAAAAAAAGUAGUGAACACCUUACUCCUUAGCAGGAAACAGAGUACCAACGACAAGUACCAAAAAAUAUGGAAGAAAUUUGCUGAUUGGUCUGGGACCUCCUUCAACCAGUUUAGAGCCAACAUCUCACUAAUCCUGGAUUUUCUUCAAGAAGGGCUAGAUUUAGGUCUAUCCCCCAAUACCCUUAGGGUCCAGGUAUCGGCUUUAGGAGCACUAUAUAAUACCAAGCUAACGGAACAUCCCUGGAUAUCCAGAUUCCUUAAGGCGGCAGAUAGGAUCAGACCUACAAUUAGAAACAUGGUGCCACCAUGGAACCUUAAUACAGUACUAGGGGGUCUAACCUCCGAUCCAUUCGAACCUCUGGACUCUAUCCACAUCAGAUGGCUUACCAUUAAAACGAUUUUUCUGGUGGCAAUAACCUCAGCCAGAAGGGUCUGUGAGCUGCAGGCCUUGUCCAUCCAAGAACCAUUCCUUGCAAUAUUUGAGGACAAAUUAAUUUUCAAAUUAGAUCCGACUUUCCUCCCCAAGGUAGUCUCGACCUUCCAUAGGUCUCAGGACAUUGUUCUCCCCUCGUUCUGUGACGAUCCGAAAAACGAUCAAGAAAUCACUUACCACACAUUAGAUGUCCGGAGAGCGGUCUUAAAGUACCUGGAAGCUACCAGCCUUUGGAGAAAAGACAAAAAUCUGUUUGUCCAAUUUUCAGGUCCUAACAAAGGGAAGAAAGCGGCAAAAAGUUCCAUCUCCAGAUGGAUUAAGAUGGCAAUCUCCGAAGCAUAUAAAGCUCAGGGAAAAGACGUCCCUGCUUCCCUAAAAGCACAUUCUACGAGAGGCAUGGCUGCCUCCUGGGCGGAAAAAGCCUCAGCCUCCUUACAACAGAUUUGCAGGGCAGCAACAUGGAAAAGAGUUCAUACUUUCACUAAGCACUACAGACUAGAUGUAGCUGCUAAUGACGACCUAAGAUUUGGACGUAAGGUCCUGUCGGCAGUUGUCCCCCCCUAAUUGUAUCUUUGAUAUUGUCUCAGGACUUGGUGUCAUGGAGACGACUGGGGAAAAGAGUAUUA